UUUCAACCCUUGCGAAAUAGAUGUCCCUUCGCUGCAAUUUGAAGUGGUGUUUGUGUGUAUUGAAUAUUCUCUUGUUAAAGUGAUUAUAUUUCUAAUAAAGAAAGUAAUUAUUAUAUAGAAAUGGUGAUUUAGAUUACCUACAAACUCCAUAACAAUGAAUUUCUCUCCAUUCGGGGGCCAUUUUCCGGCCACAAUUCCUUCCAUACACCAAUUUGCUGCAAAGUUUACUCAUGAUGGAACUAGCUCUUUAAUGACACAAGAUGGUACUAAUCGUUACCAUACUGCCAAUAUGGCCCAUUUUAAUCAACACCAUACUCCUUUAGGAGUCCCCGUUAAUAUGGGAAAAUUCAGACAGACUGAUGCUGGAACAAUUGUUAGUUCUAAUAAUACUAAUACAAGCCAACACAAUAUGAUGAAUAAUGUUUCAACUUCCAAAUACCACACAUCUGCUUCGAAUAUUACUCAUCAAUACACACCAUCAGCGAAUAUAGCAGUUCCCUAUUCGCAACCCAAUAAUAUUCAACAAAAUUCUCAGAUGCAUGUACAAAAUCGCACAGAAGAUAAAGGGCGCACACAAAUUAACAAUUCAAAUUAUCACAACCAGGCAGGUUCUGGACAAAAUGGAAAUGAGAUUGCACAGGACUUAUGUGCUAUAAUGCAAGCUAGUGGACAGUUACCUGAAGCGAAUAAAGAUAGAAGGCAUGAUAAAUCAGUGAAACAGGAACGAGAACAGCAAGAUGAUAGACCUGCCAGUGGAGAAAAUGAAUAUAAUAAUGCUAUGCAUCAACAAUCAAUUCACCAUCAUAAUCAAUCAACUGCGAUGCCAGCAACAUGGCAGAGUUUAGCUGCACCAGGCUCCACUGUCGCUGACUACUUAUCACAUCUGCCAGCAUCUACAUUACCAUUGUCUCUGCAUCAUUUUCUGAAAUACUCUGCGGAGAGCAUUAAAAAGGAAAGCCUUAAUAAUCAGCAAGCAGAUCUUGUUGGUGUUGUUAGUCAGAGCUCAAACUUAAAUCUGGUUGGAAAUGGUACAAGUAACAUGAACUUGGUUGUGAACAACACCAGUACAACAACUGAUAAUGCACCGGCUAAGAAAAAAAAGAAGAAAAAGGCUCCAAAGGAAAAAAAACCUCGACCUAAACCAGGAGAAAUUCGGUUGACAACUGCGUUAGAUGGUUCUACAUUAUAUUGCUGUCCUGAGUGCCAAAUGGCUUACCCAGAGAAAGAAUUGCUGGAGCAACAUCUUGUUGGUCAUACAUUAGAACGAAGAUUUGUUUGUGAUAUUUGUAAUGCUGCUUUAAAAAGAAAAGAUCAUUUGACCAGGCAUAAACAAUCUCAUAACCCUGAACGACCUUACGUAUGCACUGUUUGCUUGAAAGCGUUUAAACGCAAGGAACAAUUGACUCUUCAUUUUGUCAUUCAUUCUGGAGAAAAGCGACAUAUUUGUCCAGAGUGUGGAAAAGGUUUCUAUCGCAAAGAUCACUUGCGCAAACACACCCGGUCGCAUAUAGCGCGCCGGGUCAAGGCAGAACUCAGCCAGCAAUCUGGUCCAACGUCUGGUAAUGGGAGUAAUCCUACUCCUCAAAGUGCAAGUAAUCACCAGAAUAAUACUACCAGUGUGUCAAAUCAGACUUCAAUGAUAACAGCACAUGUUUUGCAAGGUGCUCAGGUGGCUACACCUACGCCUCUCCCACAACCUCCUGGAGGAGGUGGAGGGCAGUCUUUACUCUCCUGAAUGAGUGAUAUGGGGAACGCUUCGGACGUCCCCUCGCUUCAGGGCGCUGAUUUUAUGGCUUUCGUGUCGGCCGCAAAAGAUGCGUUUUGAGAUUGAUUUUAUUUAUUUGCUUCAUAUUUUUUGAGGGAAUAAAUAUUAAAAAUGAUUUAAUUUACAAUAUGCCUACAUAAUAUAUACAUUUAGUUUCACUUUGCUUAUAUACUAUAGUCACAAACUUCCAAAUAGGAUAACCACAGUCAUUAGUUAAUAUUAUCAAUGAAAAUAAUAUGUACUGCAUAUAGAUUUAGUUAGUCAUGCGUAUAAUAUAUUACACUUACGCAUUUUAAAGCUUAGCAGUAAAUCUGCUGCAUAAAAUAUUUUAUAUUAAAUAAAAUGCGUAUAUUUGAAACAACUUAAAUUUAGAACAAAAAACCUGCAAUGCAUAGCAUGCCAUCUGCAAAUUUUAUAUUUUAUUAUAGAGACACGUUGUUUUUAAACUUAAUUAAAUCGUAGAAAAUUCUACUAUAAAGUUUAAACAGCUGGAUGUUGGAUGCUGACAUCCAGCUGUUUUUCAAAUUAUUUUCUGAUUCAUGCCAUUUUUAUAUACAUAUGUAGAUAGGAAUAAACAUUCCAUAUUUGCUGUAGCUUAUUCAGACUUAGAAGAUGUAAACAUUUAGAAGAUAUAAAUAUUCAAUGUACAUAAGGGAUUAUUUUAAAAUGAUGAAUAUUAAGCUGACAAAUUUAAUAUAAUGUGGCAGAUACAGCCAUAUUAUAAUCUGUGAAACUUCGAUG